CUUCAAUCUGUAUGACGUAGUGCAUGAAGACAUGUAUAUAUAGUACGUCCUAAUAACCGAAGUCUCCAUUGGUCUUAGACUUCAAUCCCAAACAUGGACGCCAAGCUUGCAAUUCUCCUCAUUCUUCAGAUUACCGCCACAGUGUUUGCUGCAGAUACGUCAUAUUCCAAGUACUACAGCAACCAACCAUCUCAACCUCCAUCCCCACCAGCAAGCUACUCCUACAGCCCUCCAUCCAGCUACUCACCUCCCACUAAGCCCGCUAGCUACCCUUCUUACGGCCAGCAACCCAGCUAUUCUCCCCCCACACAGGCCUACAGCUACCCAGCAUCGUACAAUCAAGCCUCCAACUACGGACCCGGCUAUCCAAACAAUCUAGCCUCCAACUACGGGCCCGGCUAUCCAAACAACCAAGCCUUCAACUACGGGCCCGGCUAUCCAAACAACCUAGCUUUUCCCUAUAGCCCAACAUAUCAAGCUAUGGGAUACCCUACAGGCUACGGACCCUACGGCUCAUAUCCCUCGUACUCUAACGAGUACGCCAACUGCACUGACCAGUUGUGUCCAGCCGAUCAAUGCUGUGAGUUUAACGGACGAAAAUAUGUCUGUGUCCCUCAAGCUACGGGAGCUUCAAUACCCACGCCUGGAGCCGUUUGCACCAGAUUUAAACGUUGCUAUAGCAACGGGGACUGCCCAUCCGGACACUGUUGUGUCAUGAGGCUAGAUACUAUCAACGACUACAGCUACUCUGGCAGUAAAAGCUACGGCGGAAGCUACGGCGGGAGUUACAGCGGGAGCUACGGCGGGAGUUACAGCGGGAGUUACAACAGUUACGGUGGAAACUACAACGGCGUCUACAAAACAGAACGCGGGGAAUGUUUGCUAGCUGGAGCUCCUAGUGCUGAGUGUCGCAAGCCAGUAGAAGGGUCAGCCUCAUCUACGUGUCCUUGUGCAACCGCUGGCAACGUUUGCAAAUUUACUUCCGCCAACCCACUUGUAGGAUUAUGUGGUUCCCCAUAAAGAAAAAAAUUGCCGCAACUUGUUUGAAGUCAUUCAAUUUAUCAAUACAGUGACUAUUUUGGAUGAAUAUUACACUACUAUCAUUAAUUAA